AUGAAUGGGGAGCCCGGAUUUCAACUCAAGCAGACCAACGUUUCCCAGCCUCAGUUGUCCCACCAAGCCUCGCAGCAGAGCGUUGCUGCUUCUCUGACCGCCUCCGAAGGCUACUACAGCGCCUCGGAGCACCCGUCCAGCUCGAGCGACGAGAGGAGGCCCGUUUACCAGACUCCCCCUUCCCACCGCCACACGCCGGCACAGAGUUAUGAGCGCUUGAUAGCACAACCUGACAGCGCUCCCACAACAUCGCUACGCGGCGUCGGCAUCCCCCGCCAGCAGCUCCAGCCCCAGCAGCAUUCUUUUGUCCACGGACGCCCUCAGUCGCCAGCAGUAUCCACCAUCACCGAGGAGUCGAGGCCGCACACGCAGAACGCAAGACACUCUCAGCUCGUCUCCGACAUGGACUCCGAAUCGCUCGCCACCACGCCCGGCCAAGACACCACACCCUACAUCCGCUUCGCCAUCGACCAGCUCACGCGAGACGAAGACGUCCGAGGCUCGAGAAUAUAUCCCGAGGUCCGGCCCGCCGCCCAGUACCGCGACCAUGACGACUACCCCGUCGAGAGAAUCGUCCCCGACAACGGGCUGGGGUAUAUGGCACAGGAGCAGAGGACACAGGAGAGGAUGGCACAGCACAUGCCACGGAAGCACUUGAGACAGUCACGCACACCUCUAGCGGCUGCUCCAGCGCCCAUGGCUACACAACCAUCCAGGCCCCAGUCGCAAUCCCAGCAACCGUCUGCAUCCCAAACACAGACGGACGUCUUUGUGGCACACGACCACUCACACGCACCGCUCCACUUCCUGCCCGCCAUUCUCCGCCCACUAUGGCUAGGUAUCUUCCUGUUCCUCUGCUUGGCCAUGCUAGCUGCGCUCAUCUUCGCCGGCGUCUACUCCAACCGCAACGGAGGCUAUGGACUGUGGGACUAUGGUGCCUUUGGCGACAGCCGCUACUUUGUUUUCCAGUAUCUCCCGACGAUGCUCGGCAUGCUCUUGCUGCUAUGGCUCAUCCAGAUCCAGACGGCCCUCCAGCGCCUUGUGCCCUUCAUCUCCAUGUCCUCAGACUCGUUCCGCCAACGCUCUGAAGCUGUGUUUCUUCGAUUGUACCCUACGCAAUUCCUGUGGCCAAAUCUCCAGCAUUUCCGCGCGGGACAGCCCGGCAUUGGUGUCUUUUAUGCCAUUUCAUGGCUCUUCAUGUGGACGGUUCCACUUCUUGCUUCUGUUUUUAAUGUACGAUACGACUUGGGCCGCACUAUGUGGCGAUGGAUCGCUGUCCAGGGUGUCAUUUGGACUAUUGUUGCUCUCUACAUUCUUCUUGUGCUUGCCCUGGCCUAUCUGAUGGUCUUCCUCAUGCGCACGCCAACCGGGCUGAAGUGGGACCCACGAUCACUGGCGGAUAUAAUCACCCUGCUGGAGCGUGCAAACAACCUAGCAGACUACGCCAACUCGGAGACGUUUGAGAAGGGUGACUGGCACCUGGUUAGCAAUCGUGCUGACCGCAUCGGCUACUGGACCACGACAAGGCGACCAAACGACGUGUUUUAUGGUAUUGGCGAAGAAGGCGGAGAGAUUCGAAAACUCUCCGUCGAGGAGGGACGCAUCCGAGAGCAGGGAGCAGACCGGGCAAGGCCCGACGCACAUUCAGCCAACGACUUUUCGAUCCGCAUGGACAUUCGCAACCCCAGCGUGCGGUUGCGUUUCUUGCCGUGGUAUCUGAGGGACACUGCAGUCGUUGCAUGGAUCGUCAUCGCCUGGGUCCUGUUGCUUGCAUUCCUGGUCGUUAGCUUUGUGAACGACGCUGUUCGCCUUGGGUUCGUCCCUCGCGUCUCCGCUCGCACAGGCGCAGACGGCUUCUCUGCUUCGAAUUUCCUGUACUCGUUUGUCCCAGCCGUCAUUGGCCUGUUGCUCUUCCUCUCGCUCCUGUCGCUCGACUACUCGAUCCGCGUACUACAGCCCUACAUGGCGCUUUCGUCCAAGGGCGGAGCAACUGCAGAAACCUCCUUGCUGGUUGAUUACGUCUGCCGCAUGCCCUUCUCGGCGACAUUGGCAGCAUUCGAGAACGGGCACUUGGAAACGGCAAUCCUGUCGUUCGUUUCGCUUACAUCGGCAUGUCUGCCCAUCCUCGCAGGUGGCUGCUUCUGGACUCAGUACUACGGCAGCGCCAACACGGUUCGCGUUGCUGCAGACAUGUCAGGCUUCUACGCAAUCUGCUUCUUCCUUGCUCUCUACACCGUCAGCCUAUUCGCCCUCCUUCCCGGUCGCCGUCGCGCUGCGCUGCCCCACCGUAGCAACUCGCUCAGCGAGAUCAUCAGCUGGGUGUACCAGUCUCCCAUUCUGACGGACCGCGCCUUCGCCCAUCCGCAAACCAAGCCCGAUCUUGUCGCGCGCCUCAUGGGCAACACGUACGCCGAGCGCAGCUGGGCCCGCUCCGUCGCAUCCCUCGUCCGCCCUUCCCGCAGCAACCUCCGACCUGACUCGCCCACGGACCCCGCGCUGAAAGAGAAGAAGAAGCACUCCAGAAACGACUCGGUCAGCGAUCCCGCCAAAAUCAGAUACGGAUUUGGUAUCCACGUUGGCCGCGACGGCCUCGAACAUCUCGGCAUCGAUCGUGUGCGCCGCGGCGGUGACCGAAGCGGUCGCGAACUCGUCAUCUGGGAAGAGCAGCAGGGCGAUGCGAAGAGGAAGAGUUGGUCUAGUCAGGUGUGA